GGGCUUUUGCUCCCUUCCAACUUCGGCGGCACGGCCCCCUCGCUUGCCAGCUCCCCCGGGGGCUGGCAGCCGUGCUGUGGAACCUGGCAAGGCUCGCCCAGGAGGUGUGAUCCAGUUAUGCCCUGGCUGCUCUGCCUGAUGCUCCCCGAGGUUUUGGCCCCAGCAGGGAGCUGUGACAACCCAGGACAUGCCUGUGGCUGGCACAUGCACCCCGGUUCUUCUCCUCGGGGAGCGCAUCCCCUUGUCCACACCAGUGUGGGUGGCCAGCAGAGCCGUGCCAUCCUCAAUCCUCCACCUCUCACUCAGUAUUUGGGUCCCCAGCUCAGCCCGAGGCGCACCCCAGUGCUGGGAGCACUGGCCACGGGCCGGCGGGGGGCAACCAUGAGGGACGUGUUCGGGUCCGGGUACCGGCAGAGCCUCGUCCAUCUUGCCUGGAUGUGCCUGUUCUCCUCCAUGCCGAACGGCGGGGCCAAGGUGCUGGAGAAGACCUUCGAGGAGUGGAUGCGGUACCGUGACGAGUGCUUGAGGAGGAUGGCGAGCGAGCCUUACCCGGCAGGGCUCUUCUGCAACCGGACUUUCGACAUGUAUGCCUGCUGGCCCGACGGGAGCCCCGGCACCGCCGUCAACGUCUCCUGCCCCUUCUACCUGCCCUGGUUUGAGAAAGUGAAACACGGGCUGGUGAGCCGCAGGUGCGGCGCCGACGGGCAGUGGGUGACGGUGAACGGCAGCCAGCCCUGGCGAGACUACUCGCAGUGCGAGGAGGAGAUGGAGUCUGCCGCCGAGGAGGAGGGUGCCCGCCGGCUGAUGGUGAGCUUCAAGGUGCUCUACACCGUGGGCUACUCGCUCUCGCUCCUGACCCUCAUCUCUGCCCUGCUCAUCCUCACUGUCUUUAGGAAGCUCCGCUGCACCAGGAAUUACAUCCACGCCAACCUCUUUGCCUCCUUCGGGCUGCGGGCGACCUCGGUGAUGGUGAAGGACGCGCUGCUGGAGAAGCGCUGGGGCAUGGAGCUGGUGCAGGUGGCCGACUGGGAGGCUCUGCUGAGCCACGAGGCGGCGCUGGGCUGCCGGGCGGCGCAGGUGCUGAUGCAGUACUGCAUCCUGGCCAACCACUACUGGUUCCUGGUGGAAGCCGUCUACCUCUACAAGCUGCUGAUCGGGGCCGUCUUCUCCGAGAAGAAUUACUACAGGCUCUACCUCUACCUGGGCUGGGGGACCCCCGUGGUGUUUGUGGUGCCCUGGAUGGCCGCCAAGUACCUGAAGGAGAACGCGGAGUGCUGGGCGCUGAAUGAGAACAUGGCUUACUGGUGGAUCAUCCGCAUCCCCAUCCUGCUCGCCUCCCUGGAGGGGAGGAAGGGCAGCUCUGGGGACCCAGCACCGUCGCAGCAGCCUCAGCAGCACCAGUGUCGUCUCCUGUGGUCCCCAGGGGUGUGUAUCAAGGCUGUGAGGGGUGGGGGGUGCUGGGCUACGUGCGCCCCUGCCCUGUCUCCCCUCUCCCAGAUCAACCUGCUGAUCUUCAUGCGGAUCCUCAAGGUGAUCCUGGCCAAACUCCGGGCUAACCAGAAGGGCUACGCAGACUACAAGUUGCGGCUGGCCAAAGCCACGCUCACCCUCAUCCCCCUCUUCGGGAUCCACGAGGUCGUCUUCAUCUUCGCCACCGACGAGCAAACCACGGGCAUCCUGCGCUACGUCAAAGUGUUCUUCACCCUCUUCCUCAACUCCUUCCAGGGCUUUUUGGUGGCCGUGUUGUACUGCUUCGCCAAUAAGGAGGUGAAGUCAGAGAUGAAGAAAAAGUGGCAGCUCUGGAAGCUCGACCACCCGGCGCUCUGCUGCGCCCAGUGAUGCGGCGACCGGCCCCGCGGAGCCGGGGGCCAGGGGCUGCUGGCCACAGCGGGGGGGGGGGGGUGGGGCCCGUGGGGAAGCCGUGCUGCGGCAGCACCCACCCCAAACAGCCGGGCUGGGACCAGAGACCCAGCUCUGCCGCACCCGAGAGCGCUGGAGGUGCUGGAGGGGACGUUCCCCCCCCCAGCCAUGGUCCGAGGGGGAGGCAGGCACCCUCGGCCCUUCCCAGACAUCGCUGCCCGGGGAGGUGCGCCUGCCGCUUUCUGCCGCUGCCUGAACACCAGCAGCCACCUCUGUUGGCACCCACCAGGCAGGGCGUGCUCGGGGGAAGCCCCGUCCCCAGCCGCGCCAGCCCGGCCCCCCGUAAAAGGGGAUGCGGGCGGCUGGAGAGGGAGCCUGGCCAGCAGCGGGGAACGGGAGACCCCAGAUGAACAAAGAGCUCCCGCUGCACCCCGGGCCACGCCGGCACUGCUCUGCCCAGGGUGUCACCUCCCUACUCUCCUCGCCCCAAGCAAGAACCAUCUCACCAGCACCCCGAGAGCUCCCCGACAGCCGGCCCAGAGCCAGCCCGCAAAGCUCCUCCUCGUAGCGAGGGGCUGCUUCCGCGCCUUCUCACCAGCCUCACGGCUGACGUGGAACGUGGCACCAGGCACACAAACCGCCGGGUUCCUGAGCUCCUCCUGCAGCAGAGCCCCCCCCCCCGAGCCCCCGAGCCCCCCCUUUGCAGCCAGCAGAGCCAAGGCACCCGCCACGCAUGUAGUUUCCCGCGGCUCUUGAGCGCUUUGACCGUUGUGUUUACCCUCCACGUUAAGGGCAGCCCUGCUUCUCCUUUUGGGGGGAAUCACAAGGGUGAGCAAAGGGCUCGAGUACCUCAGCUCGCUGGGAGCUGAGCCCGAGCUCCCACAUCCCUGGCCCAGCACCCAGCCCAGCCGCCUCUCCCUUCACAGCGGGGAGAGCUGCUAAGCCCCGGGCAGGACCCACGCUCAGCUCAGGAGCUGUUUUGCCGGCAAAAAGCUGAGCGUUUCUGGGCCCAGCUGUGCCACAGCUGGCGCUCAAGACGUUUGCUUGGCAGGAGGGUGCCAAGGCAGGGGCUGCCUACCCCCGUCAAGCCCUGGGAAGCCCGGGAGCACCCACACCCCUGCCUUUGCGAGCGAAGCAGCUGAGGCUGUGCGGCUGGAGCAGCGCUGUUCACACGCAGCUGCACACAUCUGGCUCACGGCUCCCUCCCCGGGACGGGCCCUCGCUCUUACCCCCAGUAGCAGGACAGACCGUGCUGCUUCGCCUUGCAGAAAAAGGCCACCCCAGCGGGGGAGGAAGCAGCUCUCUCUCCCCCUCCAGCCCCCUUCGCUUCCAGGCUCGGGGGGAUCCUCCUGCGGCCGCAGCAUCUCAAGGAGGGCUGCCUUGAGCACGGGAAGGAAAGAGGCCACGCCAGGCUCAGCUGGGUUCAAGGCUGGAGGGUCACGCAGGAGUUUUCCCGGAUCGACGUAACCCCUGCGAGACCAUUUUGCGCAUCAACUCCCUUUUCAGAUGUAAAUAAACAUUUAUUUUUCAGCA